AUUAAUUUUUUUCGUCUUGAAAAGUAAAUGGUAUUCAUUGGAAGUUGUUCUCAAAUUGGUAGAUGUCGUCCAAAUGCUCAAAUUAAUAAUCAGUAGUUUGGUGUGGAUUGAAGUUGCUAUUGCCUAUGAUCCAGUAAUUGAGCAGAUCUCCCCAAACCUAGCUAUUGUUGGCGAAAAGUACUCUUUGCUCUGCAAAGCGGAGCCUUUGGGAAACUUAAGUCAAAUAAACUGGAGUUUUUCGAACGGUUCAACAAUUAUUGAAAACGAAAUUUUCCAUUUAGAAGGUAACAUUGGUGAAAUACUCAUAUUUAAGGAUGUCCGAAAAACUUUCAAUGGUGUACAGUUCGUAUGUUUUGCGACAUCUUUUGAGAAUACAACGAUCAAAAGCAAACCCUUUACAUUAAUCGUCAAAAAGUCCAUAUCUAGAAUACAAGUCAGACAGAACUCCUCAGAUCCUGCCAUUGCUGGUCAGAACUAUUCUUUGCUGUGCAAUGUUGAGCCUCCCAGAGAAAAUGGUCUUAUACAUUGGAGUCUUUCAAAUGAUUCAGCCAUUGCUGAAAAUGAUGCUUUCAAGUUAGAUGGUAUCAUUGGUCAAACGCUUACUAUCGAAGAUGUCAGUCAGUCAUAUUUAGGGUUGCAAUUCAUAUGUGCUACCAUAGACGUUGAUAAUUCAACUAAGAAAAGCCCGCCCUUUUCGUUAAUUGUUGUCGCCUCGCCAGUGAUUGAAUUUUUCGAAGACAAAAUCUACUCGCAAUCGGGGCAACCAUUCUCUAAAGAUUGUAUAGCUUCCGGCUAUCCCUACCCCGUGACAAAGUGGUACCAAGACAAGAAUGAAGUACAACAAGCGAAGACCUCAGUGUUUCGUUCUGUUUUGGCCAUCCCUACUGUUCCCCCGAAUAAACGUGUAAAUUACACGUGCAGAGCAACGGUUUCACUUGGAAGCUUUGUUUUGUCUUCCAACAGAACAUUUACUCUCGUAUCGUACGAUAAUAAAGGUGUGCAAAACCGAGAGGAAAAUUUCACCAACAGCGUAGAAUAUAAAUAUUCUGUAUUUAUAGCGACUAUUUUGGGAGUUGUUUUAAUGAUUCUGGUACUGACAGGUGUUCUGUGUGGAUACUUGAAAAUAAGACUGGAUCGGUCGAAAGAAUCUGAUAUAAGCAAAAGCAGAAAGAAAGACGAGAAUAUACCAGGGUCAUAUGUGCAAUUGGAGAAUUUUUACGAAGUCAUGAACGAAGAGGAAUCAACAAACCGUAAUAAAGAACAAAAGCCUCAGAAAAAAUCAGACAAAAAGAAGAAUGCUUCAAAAAAAGAGGAAAAGUUGAACGAAUCAAGGAGUGGGCCCUCCCUAAAAGACCCUGGAAAGGAAAUUUCCAUAAAAGGUCAGAAAAAUUUGCCAGGUGAUACGUCUUAUUAUGAAACCCCUAUUGAAGGAACAAAUUCCACAACUCCCGAAUUUGUUCAAAAUUCAAAUAAAGAUAAGAAAGAAGCCAAAGUUGACUCUUCAUCAAACACAAACGAAAAGACAAGCUCAGUUUCUCUGAACAGCCAGCCCGAAUUGAUGGGUGAUUCGUCUUACUAUGAAGAUGUUGCAAUAGCAGAUGAAAAGAAGGUAGAUAAAGUGUCCUUGCCGACCAACACAGGAAAGAAACAUUCCAAAGAACAUUCCAAUGUGCCAAGUGUUCCAUUUCGUGAUUAUCCCCAACCAGUUACAAAUGUUGAUGAAAGAAUGCCAAAAACAAUGAUUGAAACGUCUAUGGAAAAUGCUGGAAAGAAAAGGCUAGAGAAAGAUGGCAAAAGUCAACAAGAUAAGCCAAGGGUACAGUCAGUUGAACAUAUCGACUAUGAUGACGUUCCCAAUGAAACGACAACGGUCACUGUAACAAAUGUAGGGAAAAGAAUGGGCAGAUCAGGGAAUCAGUCUACUAUGAAUUAUGCUGCACAGAAAAAGCCAGAGACAACCGUCAAGAAUCUGAGGUUUAACAGAGAACAACUUGGAGUACAGAUAGCUCAAUUUAACCUCUAUGAUGAUGUUCCAACCGAAAAUACAAAUGACAAGGAAAUGCUUAUUCCUAUCGUUGUUUCGUCUUUUAACCGAUAUAUUUCAUUCCAUGUGUGA